AUGUUCAGAGCGCAACUGCGCCGACGACCAUUUGUCUACACCCAGACUCGUAUCCGCCUGUCCAGACUAUCUCAUACUUCGACUACUGCUCCUAUCACACCUCUGGUCCAACUGAAAAAUGCCACAAUAUACAAGGAUUUUCUGGACCAGAACAAUGCAUCGCCUCUGUUCAGCGACGUGAACUUCAGCCUACCCACCCAGGGCGAGCACUGGGCAAUCCUCAGUGCCACCUCGGCUACACGCACUGACUUCCUGCAAGUCUUGAGUGGCAGAUACCUCUGCACUCCGCCCGAUGCCCGCUCGUACCCACACCUGCUACAGAAUAACACUCCCCAUCAACGCGCCAUUGGUUACAUUGGCUUCGACGCUGAGAGGAGCGGCUUGGGUGGGACUGCUGUCAAGGGCCAAUAUCUGAGCCAGCGCUAUGAGGCUCAUCGCGAAGUCGACGACUGGUCUCUGCUUGAUUACCUCGAGGGAAACACCGAGCUGAAUGCUCUCGAAAAGCCCUCCAAAUACACGGAUACUCAAUUGUUAGCAAGCAUCAUUGGAAACCUCGAUCUCGACCCUUUGCUACACCUCCCGGUCAGUAACCUCAGCAAUGGUCAGACGCGCAGAGCUCGAAUCGCAAAGGCUCUGCUUGCAAAACCAGACCUGCUCUUGCUGGAUGGGCCAUUCAUGGGUCUGGACCCUAUGACCACGCUUCAUAUAUCAGCCUUCCUCCAGCAAAUGGCCGAGCAGAGCAACCCAAACAUCGUCCUAUCUCUACGCGUAGGAGAUGAGAUGCCUUCUUGGAUCACCCAUGUGCUCGUCAUCGAUCCCGUUACGAAUACUGAAGUCCGUUUUCAAGGCUCUAGGACUAGUGUCUACAAGCUGAUGCACAAGGUGCGCGGUGAUCAAGACUUUUACCAGGCUCUGCGACAAAUGAUAAUCUUAGUUUCUGACAAACCCGCUCGAGCGAAGAAGGCUGGGAAGGAAUUGUUGAGUCGCGACGCCAAUCCGAAGAUGCAUGCUCCACUCACGCCUGGGGAACCAUUAGUCGAGAUGCAAGGCGUCAAAGUCUCUUACGGAGCGGACAGCGGGUCAAUCAAACGGACAGUCUUGGGCAACUGGUCUAAAUCUGUUGAUGGAGCCGAAAAGGAGGGUCUGUGGUGGAAUGUCCGUCGUGGUGAGCGUUGGGGCGUCUUUGGACCAAACGGUUCAGGCAAGACCACUCUCUUGUCUUUGAUCACAUCAGAUCAUCCUCAAACCUAUGGCCUCCCCAUCAAGCUUUUUGGCCGCUCUCGUAUUCCUUCGCCAGGUGAGCUUGGAAUCAGUAUCUUCGAGCUACAAGCGCGCAUGGGACACAGCUCUCCCGAGGUUCAUACAUAUUUCCCCAAACAUCUAACAAUCCGUCGUGUUCUGGAGAGUGCUUGGGCCGACACACCUUUGUCAAAACCCCGACUGACGCGCCAGAACGACAUCAGAGUCGAGGCCUUCUUGCGUUGGUUCGCUCCGGAAUUAGCACCCACCAGAAGCAGUGGGCUUCAAGCUCUUCAAACAACUCCGAGGCGCCCAUAUGCCGACGUGAAACGUAGCCUGGAGCGUCUUCAGGUCGACACCUCCGACAUCGAUUGGGCAGAUACCACGACCUUUAGAGAUUUGCCAUUCAGCUCACAACGCUUACUGCUAUUCCUUCGCGCGUUGGUAUCCGACCCUGACCUGAUCAUCUUGGAUGAAGCCCUCAGUGGUAUGGACCAGAUGGCCCGCGAAAAGUGCUUGUUAUUCCUUGCCCAUGGUGAGAAGCUAGACUACAAGACUGGUAGAAAAGCACACACUAAAAGCUUUCAAAUGGAUAAUGACAUGGUCAACUUUGGUGGUAUUCAAGAUAAACAAGCAUUGUUGACUAUCAGUCACAGCACGGAAGAUAUUCCAGGAUGCAUCAGGCAAUGGAUUUGUUUACCAGAGCCUAGCGAAGGCAAACCAGCCAGAGUUGGAGAACUGCCAGGACCCCUAGAACUCCAUCCGGGUUCUUGGAAUGAGAUUUGGGAUCUACCAAUUAUCAAGGCACCGACUGAAAAGCGAACGAGGAAAUACUCUAAAAAGAUCAAAGAGGCACAAGAAGACCAGGAAUCUGAAUAUACAGGGAAAUAG